AUGGCUGACGCGCCCACUCUGAGCAUCACCCUCCUGGGUGCCGGCCAGGAAGUUGGACGGUCAUGCUGCGUUCUGCAAUAUAGAGGGAUCACCAUCGUCUGCGACGCGGGCAUCCACCCUGCCUACAGCGGUAUGGCAUCGCUGCCUUUCGUCGAUGAGCUAGACUGGAGUACGGUGGAUGCUUUACUUGUCACCCAUUUUCACCUGGACCAUGCUGCCGCUCUCACAUAUAUCAUGGAAAAGACCAAUUUCAGAGACGGUAAGGGCAAGGUGUACAUGACACAUCCAACCAAGGCUUUGCACAAGUUUAUGAUGCAAGAUUAUGUUCGAAUGAGUUCAUCGUCGUCCGACGCCUUAUUCACGCCCCUGGAUAUGUCAAUGUCGCUCUCAUCUAUCAUUGCCAUCUCAGCCCACCAACUCAUUACGCCAUGUCCUGGAGUGACAUUCACUCCAUACCACGCAGGCCAUGUUCUUGGUGCUUGCAUGUUCCUCAUUGACAUUGCAGGGCUGAAAAUUCUGUACACUGGGGACUAUUCUCGCGAAGAGGAUCGCCACCUGGUCAAGGCGGAGGUUCCCCCCGUUCGUCCUGAUGUUCUCAUUGUCGAGAGUACGUACGGUGUACAGAGUUUGGAGUGCAGAGAAGACAAAGAGGCCCGUUUUACGGGUCUAGUGCACUCGAUUAUCCGGCGUGGUGGACAUGUCUUGCUCCCGGCCUUUGCUCUUGGUCGCGCUCAAGAAUUGUUGCUCAUUCUGGACGAAUAUUGGAAACGGCACCCCGAUCUUCACAAUGUGCCCAUCUACUAUGCUUCUAACUUGGCUCGGAAGUGUAUGGCCGUCUAUCAAACGUACAUCCACACAAUGAACUCGAAUAUCCGAACACGAUUCGCAAAACGAGACAAUCCUUUUGUAUUCAAGCAUAUAUCUAACCUUCCUCAACCAAAAGGAUGGGAGCGCAAGAUUGCUGAAGGUCCCCCUUGUGUCGUUCUGGCUAGUCCUGGUUUCUGUCAGUCUGGACCCAGUCGCGAACUCCUCGAACUUUGGGCACCAGAUGCGCGAAACGGAUUCAUUCUAACCGGUUAUUCAGUUGAAGGUACUAUGGCUAGGGACAUCCUGAACGAACCGGAUGAAAUCAUGUCAACGAAAGGAAAUAUCAUACCUCGAAAAAUCUCCGUCGACUACAUUUCCUUCAGUGCACACGUAGACUACUCUCAGAAUGCAGAGUUCAUCGACCUCGUCAAGGCUCAGCAUAUAGUCCUUGUGCAUGGAGAACAGACCGCGAUGGGUAGGUUGCGAGGAGCUCUGACGUCGAAAUACAAGGACCGAGAGGAAGACGUGAAAAUCCAUACUCCUCGGAACCUCGAGACGCUUGAACUGACAUUCAGGGGAGAAAGGGUCGCAAAGGCGAUUGGUACCCUUGCCGACAAUCCGCCUCAACAAAACGAUGUCCUGUCAGGGUUGCUAGUAGCCAAGGAUUAUUCUUACACACUCCUGGACCCACGAGACCUUCGCGACUUCGCCGGAUUAUCAACAUGCACACUGACGCAGCGGCAGAUGGUUACUCUUGGCGUAGGUUGGGAACUCGUGCGAUGGCAUUUAGAGGGCAUGUUCGGAAGCGUCGAAGAAGGCGUGGACAAAGACGGCGUACCCACUAUGAGGGUCAUGGGGGUCAUAGAUGUCAAGCAAGCUGAAGAACAACUAGCUGUGCUUGAAUGGGAGUCUAGUGCAAGCAAUGACAUGAUUGCGGAUUCUACGCUGGCUCUCAUCACGGGCAUUGAUAAAAGUCCUGCUUCGGCCAAAUUGACGUCGCAAAAUCACUCAUGCUCGCAUUCGCAUCCUCACUCGGACGCUACCAAUAAUUCUUCUGUUACCCGUGUCCAGCACAUCGCGUGGUUCUUGGAGGCUCACUUCGGUGACAUCGAGCUUCAUAUGCCAGACGCUGAUCAGAUGGAAAGCGAGGGAAAAGGAGAGGAAGACAGUGAUCCCUCACUGUUUGUAAGCCUAGACGAAACUGGCGCCAGGAUCAAUCUACUCACCCUGGAGGUGACCAGCGAGAGCGAGUCUCUCAAGAAACGGGUUGAGGCUGUCCUCGACAUGGCUAUCACUACUGUCAGCUCGCUGUCAGAGACUUUCGCAACUGGUGGUUCGCCGUUGACGGAUGCAGCGGUUACCACUCGAGAAAAAUAUAAGGGAAUCACCAACUCUGCUACGCCCGAGCAAAUUCAAGAUGAUGCGAACGACGUCGAAGAGGAGGAACCAACGGAAAAGACUGAAGAUGCUACGAUGGGAGACGAGACGGCACAAGCAGCAGCUUAA